CCACGUGUUCUACUUUUAUACUAAUUCUGGUUAUUUUAUCAUCCUCUCCUUAUCUAACCCUACUCAAAGCUAUAUAUACAUUCCCCAAUCCUUUUCUUAAGCUAUACCAUUUCGUUUCACAAACGCUGCAAUUUUUUUUUCGAUUUUUCCAACGUUCUUAGAAAAAGACCAAAGGAAAAAAAAAUCGGAAAUUGUAAUUUUUUAAAAAAGAAAACCCACCUUGAAAAUUCCAAAAAGUUGAGUCUUUUCAUGAAUCAUAAUUUCGUUUUGUUUGGUUCCAUUGAAAAUCUGGAAUGCGAAGAAGCGAACGUUUCGUUUUAUGAAUCAAGCAAUCAAACGUUAAAGAAAAAGAAGUGGAAGAAGGGAUUUUAAUUCAAUUGAGAGAAAAAAGAAAAGAAAAGGAAGAAAAAUAAAGAGAGCAAUGGCGGGAGAGGAGAGAAGAUUCAAGAUUGGUUACGGGCUUUUACCGAAGAAAGAGAACAGUUUCAUUCGAGAUUCGUUGGCGAAUCUGGUGAAAUCUCGAGGAAUCGAUCUGGUUAGGAUCGAUAGGGAACGUCCUUUAGUCGAUCAAGGACCGUUCGAUUGCGUGCUUCACAAGUUGUACGGUGACGAUUGGAAGAGCCAGCUUGAAGAUUUCCGUUCUCAAAACCCUAAUGCUGUAAUCAUUGAUUCUCCUGACGCAAUCGAACGUCUACACAACAGGAUUUCAAUGCUGCAGGUGGUGUCGGAACUCAAGAUCGAGAAUCAAAGCGAAACCUUUGGGAUCCCUAAACAGAUUGUGAUUUACGAUCAAGAAACCCUAUUUGAUAAGCAAGCUUGGGACUUGCUUAAGUUUCCGGUGAUUGCUAAGCCGUUGGUAGCUGAUGGAAGUGCUAAAUCGCACAAAAUGGCUUUGGUUUUUAACCAGGAUGGGUUGAACAAGCUUAAACCCCCGAUUGUUUUGCAGGAAUUUGUUAAUCAUGGAGGGGUUAUUUUUAAGGUUUAUGUGGUUGGGGAAUAUGUGAAAUGUGUUAAAAGGAAGUCGUUACCAGAUGUUUCGGAGGAAAAAUUGAAUAGUUUAGAAGGGUCUCUACCGUUUUCUCAAGUUUCCAAUUUGGCUACUCAUGAGAAAAGUGAUGAUAAGUAUUAUAAGAUGAUGCAUUUGGAGGAUACUGAAUUGCCACCACAGAGUUUCAUGACGGAUAUUGCCAAGGGUUUGAGAAGUGCAAUGAACUUGAAUUUGUUUAAUUUUGAUGUGAUAAGAGAUACCCGAUUUGGAAACCGUUAUCUCAUUAUUGACAUUAACUAUUUUCCGGGUUACGCAAAAAUGCCAGGGUAUGAAACAGUUUUUACUGAUUUCUUUUGUGAUAUAAUGAAAAGGAAGGAAAGGGAGGUGGUGGUGGAGAAGGAUUUGGUUGAGGAAUGUAGCCAUGAGAAGGUGGCAGGGAAUGAUGGAAGGCAGGUGUUUCGUUGUGAGGAAGAAGUAAGGAAAAUUGUCACCAAUUCUUGCUGUAGUGAUGGGGAAGAGAACGAGAACUCUAUUCAAGUUUGACCAAAUUUUUAGGGAAUUUGAUGAGAAAGGUGUAGCUUGGUUCGUUUUCUUGGUUGGUCGUUUUUGUAGGGUUGCUGCAACUGUAUAAGAAUUGGGACUCUGGUGCUAGCUUGUGAAGGCGAAGCCAACUGCACAUUUUCCAUUUUUAGACGUCAGUUCGUACAGUGGAGAAAUAACUAGGUUGGGUACUGAGUUUAGUUGUAGCCUCUUGACAACAAUUACAUGGUGUUCAGUGUUAAUCAUGUAUAUUCUGUCCGCUGUGCUCUGGAGAUAGGUAGAUGAAAUGGGAAUGUUAAUGGGAACAUUUCUUGUGUUCGUAAGCAUGUUGUUUUGGACAGUGGUACUGCUAUAAUUUCACAAAAUAGGAAACAUGGACCCAAUUAAACAGCCAGUGGAGCAGGCCUAAUGGAAAGUAUGGACACUAAAACUAGGAAGCUAAUUUUACAAAAAAAAAAAAAAAA